AUGGAUGGACCACCGCCCCCUCCGCCGCCGCAUGGCGAAAACCCUCAUACCACUGAAGGCGAAUACCGCAAAUCCUCGGACUUGCCGACAGGGAACUACGAUAUCUUUGUUAUACCUCCGCACUCUUCCGGAUCCGGAUUCCUAUAUCUCCCAUCCUUGCAGACCAACCGCAACAGCUUCCUCGCAGGCGCCGCAAGUACAAUGGUAUUGGUAGUAGCCUGGUCUCUAAUUUCACCGGCUGUCAAGACUUGGUACAUUGCUGCUGUCUCCUCCAAUGGCACUGGCAAUAGUACCAUGGCAAUGAUCACUGUGGCUUUUGGAGUAGGCCUUGCUGGCUGGCUAGUUGGAUUGUCGCAGUCGAAGAUGGAGGGUUUUUUUGGAGGUGGAAAGAGUGAAGCUAGCCCUGGAGCUGGCGGGGCAAGCUCCAACAGUCAGUCCAAUGCCAAUCAGGGCACUGGACAAAAGAGCCACGGGGGAGGACCAGGACAACAACGACAGCAACAGGGUGGAAACUAUGGCGGAUCAAAGCCGGGUAAUCAGUAUACUGGCAAUCAACAUCAGAAUAACGCCGAUCCUCCUCCGAAUCCGGAAGAAGAAAAGGCCAGAGAGCGAGAAAAAGAAAAGGAGAGAGAGAGAGAAAGGGAGAAAGAAAGGAUGGAAAAGGAGAAGGAAAGAGAGAGGGAGCAAAGAGAAAAAGAGCAACGAGAGAGGGAGAGGGAGAGAGAGAAGGAGAAGGAGCGGGAAAGAGAGCGGGAAAGAGAAAGGGAAAGGGAAAGGGAAAGACAAAAAGAAAAGGAAAGAAAAGAGAGGGAGGAGAAGGAGAAGGAGAAGCAGAGAGCUGAAAAGGAACGUGAACGAGAGCGUGAAGAGGCUAAGCGUAAGGAGGAAUUGCGCCGCAGGAUGGAUGAGUUCAAGCGUAAGCGAGAACAAGAAGCCAAAGAGAAACAAAGAGCAGCAGAGCGCGAGGCUAUGGAAAAGGAGCUCAAGGAACGCCGCGAGCAGCUUGAACGAGAAAUGGCAGCCGCCAAGGCAGCCGCAGAGAAAGAAGCUCGCGAGCGCUUGGAGAAAGAAGUUGCCGAAGCGCGCGCAAAGCAUGAAAAGGAGGCUGCUGAAGCCAAGGCCGAGGCCGAAAGGCUCACUGCCGAAGCAAAGGCAACAACCGACCGGCUGGCACGAGAAGCAAAAGAAAAGGCUGCCAAAGAAGCCUCCGAGAAAGAAGCGGCUGCAAAGGCCGCUGCGCAAAAGGAGGCCAUGGCCAAGUUUGCCGCCCUUAAAGAGGCUGCUGCGAAAAGAUAUGCAGAGAAGAAGGCCCAAGAGGCUAAAGAAAAGGCAGCAAACAGCAAACCUGCUGCGCCCGCGAGUGCCACCAGUGCUCCUCGGACCCCGUCCCCCAGAAAACAACAGCCGCCCUUCCCAACUGCCAGGACGACCGUGGACUCCAUGGAAGACGAUGCCUAUUCAUUUCGGCCCUAUGACCGUCCACGGCGCCCGUAUGGCGGCGCAUCUGGGGACUCUGCUUACUCCGAGUCAUCGUAUGCGCCAUCUCAAUCGACUUCACGCACAACACCUCCCCCAUCAAGCCGCAGUGCAUACUCUACCAAGGACCCUGACAAGAUUGUGAUCCAGGGCGUCUACCAAUUCAACAAUGCCUUCAUGAAGACCCCAGUUUCGCAACUUGUCUCGGGUCAGGGUAUGGUUACCGACGGGCUUGUGCUGCGAAUCACAACAGAGGGCCUCUUCGUCGAUGACGACCUUCGAGGAGUUGGACAACGUGAAUGGGACGUGAAGGCCUGGACCCUGAAGCUGACUGAAGUCUGGUGUCCCCAGAUGGGCAAACCGCCCGCCAAGCCAGGCUCUACCAACCCGUUCUCCUUCCGCCGUGGCGCAGGUGCCCAUUCGGUGCCCACCAACGAAGAGUCCGACGCAUUCCUUACCAACCUGCUCAAGGUGUGCAAGAAUACCUGCCGUCUGGCUUCUCCGAGCGCAUGCUUCGCUCGCAGUGCCAAUGCCAGUGGGAUCAACGAGGCGCGCGCUCCCCAGUCUGAGUUCCGUGGUCUCCAUGUUCUUCGCGCAAGCAUACGCGAUCAAGAGGGUAAACGGUAUGUUUUUGUCCUGCAGGAUACAGAGGCCUGGAAGGUCGCUAUUGGUCUCCAGCGUCUACGUGCCGGAGCUCUUGUUCGCAACCUAGGCGUCACCCAUCUACCUAUUCCAGAGUGCAAGAGCGUUCUCGGUGGCCUUGGAUACAUUUAA